AUGCAAUUCGAGGAGCAGUCAUCCAAAGGUGUCACCGAUGGGCGUUCAGCCAAGACCAAGAACUUCCGUUCGCCGGAGAAUAUAAAAGCAGGGAAGCCCAGCAAGAUUUGGUCAAACAAAAUGCAAGCGUUUAAUCAGCAAUUGUUUAUUUUAGUUGCUGUGGCUUUUGCGGCCUCAGUAGGUGGUCAUGGGGUGGAGCAGGAUCAUCUGGCCAGUCAUGCCUAUGGACCCGCCAUACACAUUAGCUCUGGAGUACUCCAACUGGCUCCCGAUACGGAGCCCACUCAAUUGCUGCUGGUGCCCAAUGUAUACUCAUCGUCACUGGGAAAUCCCUGGCCGCAUUUCUUUAUGGACACCUUGACGGCAUCACACCUGCCACACUCAUCGAUUCCAAUGAUCCCGGCCACCCCCUCGAUUCAUGAACCCCGCAUCGUGGUCAAUGAUAAUGUGGACUUUUCGCAGCUUAAAUUGCCCCAGCAUAAAGUUGUCCACUCCCAUGGACGUUGA